AGGUGUUCUCAUCUUUUCUGAGUUUCACUCUCUGUAGUCUUCACCAGCAAUUGUGGUUUAAUCCAUUAGUAACAGAGAAGAAUCAAUAACUAGGAGAAAAUGUCAAAUCUAAAAAUGAAAGAGGCAGCCCUCAUCUAUCUUGACAGAAGUGGAAGCCUCCAGAAAUUCAUAGAUGAUUGCAAAUCCUACAAUGAUUCAAAACAAAAUUAUGCUGUCUAUCGAUUCAAUAUUUUAAUAAAUCCCUCUGAUAUUGUUGAAUUGGAUGCUGAGCUUGGAAAUCACAUUUUACACCAGCCUUUAAAAGCAGCCCAAGUUUUUCAAUCAGUAUGUUUUAUUGCUGUUAAGACUCUCUCAUUAAUUGGACAAUUACAGACUGAAAAUCAAAUUAAUAUAGUGCUGAAGUUAACACACUUACCUCCUCUGCCAAGUUAUAGUCUUGAUCUUUGUCACUUUCCACUUGAUUAUACAUCUCAAAGAUUUUAUAUGAUGCAAGGAAUUGUGAUUGCAAUGACAACUGUAACCAAGUAUACACAAGGUGCAAGAUUUCUUUGUUCAGAUGAAGCAUGCCCUCUUUCAAAAGGAUUUCAGUAUAUAAGAGUGCAUGUGCCUGGUGCUACAGAAUCUGCAACAGUAAGAAAUGACUUUUUGUGUAAUCUAUGUUCAUCUUCACUUCAAGAAGACAGAAAAUUUAGAGUACUUGGUGAUAAACAGAUAGUUGAAAUAAUUACCACAAAGGCACUUCAUGCUUUUCAAGGAUAUUCUAACAGCCAGCCAUUUAGGUUUCAAUCUCUUACAAUCUUCCUCAGAGAUGAAUCAGUGAAUAAAAUGAAUAUAGGAAAUGAGUAUAAAAUUAUUGGCAUUCCAACCUGUGUAAAAACAUCACAAACUGCUGUCUGUAUAGAGGCAAAUAGUAUCACUUCUUGUAAUCCAAAAGUUCCUUCAGGAAUUAGUGACAAUUUGAGGUGUCUCCUCUCUUUGACUUCCGGCUCAUGCUGGAAGUUUACAGCAAUUCUUGCAAAUAUCUUUGCAUCACAAAUUGUUCCUCCUGGGACUUACAGUUUGCUCAAGCUCUGUUUGCUGAUGAGUCUAGUACAGACAAGUGACCGCAACAAGGAACUGGAAGAUUGCCUGGAUAUUUUAAUUAUAACAAGUGAUACUCUACUUGUAGAAAGGCUUUUGAAUUUUAGUAUAAACCUUGUACCCCGUGGUGUACGUCAUCCAGUCUCUACUGAAAUUUUUCCUACUCUAUCCAGGAAUAAGUAUGGAACUGGAGCAGUUAGCAUUCAAGCUGGCAGUGCUUUGCUAGCUAAAGGUGGUAUCUGCUUUAUAGGAGACUUGGCUUCACACAAAAAAGAUAAACUUGAACAACUUCAAUCAGCUGUGGAAAGUAGAAGCACCACAGUAUACAUCUCAGGAAAAAAGUUUGGGGAUGAUAUGGAUCAACAAAUGACUUUUCCAGUUCAGUGCAGCUUUUGGUCUUUUGUUGAUAUGGAUUCAUCUUCAAGGAGAAAUACACAGAAAACCAAUACUCUAAUUGGUCAGAUGGAUUGCAGUUUGAUUCCGGCUAAUCUUGUAGAGGCAUUUGGAUUAUUGAUAAACUGCAAUGAAUCAUCUCCUUGCCACCCACUUCUUCCUACUGUCCAACAUACUUUGAAGAAAGCCAUUGAUCCUGAAGGGCCGCUUUAUGUAGCAUCUAAACAGUUCAAAACUGAAGAUUUUGAAAAGCUGCUCAGUUUUGCGAAGAAUUUGAACGUAGAAUUCAGCUUGGAGGCAGAAAGAAUGAUUCAUGGCUAUUAUCUAGCGAGUCGCAGAAUCAGAACAGAUUGUAUAUGUGGACCCAAACUGUCAGCAUCUGCAUUAAAAUAUUUAGUUUCCCUAUCUGAAGCUCAUGCUCGAUUAAACUUAAGGAAUAAAGUGCUUAAAGAAGAUGUACUAAUUGCAGCCUUAUUAUUUGAAAUAUCUCUUACAUUGAAAUAUGGGGCCACUGUAUUUUGUGUUGCUCCAAAUGCAUUAUUUCCAUUUGAACUGUGUAAUGAAGAAUAUUUAGAGCAAAGGGAUAUCUAUCUGACUCAGUGUCAACAACAGCUCCAGCAGUUUAUUGCCACUUACGGACCUGGGACAGCUAUUUUUGCUAGCGAUGAAUAGACAAUCUGAGGAAGUUUUUUUCUUCACUCCUAUUCAAGCGGUGGAAAAAAGUUGAGUGAUUUUGAAGUAAUGCUUCAGGUAAUCUUAUGUAUUGGAGUACAUUAGAAUGCCAUCUUAAAAAAUAACAUUUUUUUCAAAUUAAUUGCUAAUGG